UAGCUGCAAGCGAUCGAUAUUGGGUUUGAUCUCGCACGAUUUUCUGAGCACCAAACUAAGCUGCGCGUGCGAGCGUGCGAGGAUUUUUCUUGUAUAAAACCGUUGCGUAAAUCAACAGCAGCAACAUGUCGGCUCCACAGCAGCAGCAGCAAGAAAACGUGCGCGUGGUCGGCCAGCAACAGCAACAACAGGUGGAACCAGCUGAGGCGGUGACCUCCACUCUGGGAUCGGACUCCAUCUCGGCCAGCAAGGAGCUAACCGGUUUGACACACGAGUGUGGCGUUUUCGGGGCCAUCGCUUGCGGGGAUUGGCCCACACAGAUGGAUAUUGCUCAUGUGAUCUGUCUGGGUCUGGUGGCUCUGCAGCAUCGCGGCCAGGAAUCCGCGGGUAUAGCCACCAGCGAGGGGAAGUGCUCGAAGAAUUUCAACGUUCACAAGGGCAUGGGCAUGAUCAGCACCCUCUUCAAUGACGAGUCCAUGAAAAAGUUGCGAGGCAACCUGGGCAUUGGACACACUCGCUACUCCACCGCUGGCGGCUCUGGAGUGGUCAACUGCCAGCCUUUUGUGGUGCAUACGGCCCACGGAGCUUUGGCCUUGGCGCACAACGGUGAGCUGGUCAACAACGAAUCUCUAAGGAGGGAGGUUUUGGCCAGGGGCGUGGGCUUAUCCACCCACAGUGAUAGUGAACUGAUCGCCCAAUCCCUCUGCUGUGCCCCGGAGGAUGUUUCUGAACUGGACGGACCGAACUGGCCGGCCAGGAUAAGGCAUUUCAUGAUGCUGGCGCCGCUUUCCUACUCGUUGGUCAUCAUGCUGAAGGACAAGAUCUACGCCGUACGGGAUACCUAUGGAAAUAGGCCGCUCUGCAUCGGCAAGAUCGUGCCCAUCAACGCUGGACAUGGCAACAGUUACGACACUCCUGCUGAUGGCUGGGUGGUUUCCAGCGAAAGCUGCGGUUUUCUCUCAAUCGGAGCUAGAUACGUUCGGGAAGUAGAGCCCGGAGAGAUUGUGGAACUGUCGCGGAGUGGCUACCGCACGGUGGACAUCGUGGAAAGACCCGACUUCAAACGUAUGGCCUUUUGUAUAUUCGAGUAUGUAUACUUCGCCCGCGGAGAUAGCAUCUUCGAGGGUCAGAUGGUCUACACAGUGCGGCUGCAGUGCGGCCGGCAACUGUGGCGGGAAGCCCCCGUUGAGGCGGAUAUUGUGAGCUCCGUUCCCGAGUCCGGAACAGCAGCGGCCCACGGCUAUGCCCGUGAGUCUGGCAUUGAGUUUGCCGAAGUUCUCUGCAGGAAUCGCUACGUGGGACGCACGUUUAUUCAACCCUCGACCAGAUUGCGGCAGCUGGGCGUGGCCAAGAAGUUUGGAGCCCUGUCCGAGAAUGUGGCUGGCAAGAGAUUGGUCCUGAUAGACGAUUCCAUCGUGCGGGGCAACACAAUUGGACCCAUCAUCAAGUUGCUGCGGGACGCAGGCGCUCGGGAGGUGCACAUCCGAAUUGCCAGUCCGCCGCUCCAGUACCCAUGUUACAUGGGCAUCAACAUUCCAACUCGAGAGGAAUUGAUUGCGAACAAGUUGAACGCCGAGCAACUAGCAAGGCACGUGGGCGCCGACAGCCUAGCUUAUCUUAGUGUAGAAGGACUGGUUGAGGCUGUCCAACAAAAGCAUCGGGAUGCAGGAGAUGGCAAGAACAAGCCCACUGGUCACUGCACUGCCUGUCUCACUGGCGAAUACCCUGGUGGACUGCCCGAUGAGCUGAGUUGGUGAUCCCGGUUAAAGCCUGGUUGAAAAUCGCCAAGAAACGGCCGGAAAACCAGUUUUGUUUACUCUUUUGCCCACCACAAAACUAAAAAAAAGAACGCAGUAUCAAAAAAGCCAUUGAGGGCCCGGAAUUACUGUCACAAAUUUUGCAUUUAGUUUAUCUAGCAUAACACCCAUUCCUAUUUACACACUCUACCUUCCUAGAUGUUAAGUGAAAAGCUCACGUGCUUCCCCAAACUAAAAGACGCUGAUUAAAGUCUGGUUUUGUCUCUGGAAAUUUACACUCAUAGUACAAAGUAUAACCCUCUAUGUUGCCCAUCUUGAAUAUCUUAAAAAUUUGUUAAUUGCAAAUGCCAAUAAUAAAGACGUUUAGACCACGAUCGCAACAGAA